GAAAUCGGACGCGGUGGAGACAGUAGUGGCACAGAAGACGAUGGUCUCAAAAAGCGGGAUCCCAAAUAUCUAGAUUAUUUACGAGACGUUGUUCGACGAGGUGGAUGCGAUUUUCGAGACCGAAGUGGAAGAAGUCGAGGGAGGAAUCAAGACCGAAUAAACAAAGGGGGUGGCGGCUCGGAGGUUCGAGGUGUCACAGGUCACAGUCGCGGUGACCAACGUUAUCGUUCUCCAUUUCUUCCACUAUGGACCGACGGUAGAAGUAGGGAAGAAGGAGAAGUUGUCACACCACAGUCAUUGAAAGCCAGUGGCAGUGGAAGUGGGACGGAAGGCGGUGGUGAAGACGAUGUCAUCAAAAUUGCCCCGGAGGUAGAGGAAAAAUUCAGAGAGAAGAUUGAGAAAGGUGAGCUACCAAGCCGACCUGGCCUAGGUACCCUUGGCCGUGUUGUGAAGGUGAGCGUCAACUGCUGGGACUUUGAUAUCUCGGGUGCAUCUGUCUUCAAGUAUGAUUUGAGGCCAAUCAGAGCAUUCCGUGAACAAAACAUCGACAUUUGUGCUAGUCCAAAUCUGCUAAAUGUGUUACUGAAGAAAGUCAUCAGAGGGUAUCCGAUCGACACAUUUUACGAUGGUGGACGUCAGUUGUAUUCAUUGACCCCGUUGGAAGGUGUGGGUAGGCAAGGCGUCACACGUACGGAGACCGUGCCUGACCCGCCUAAUCCUGAUGCUUUGACGCUGGAGUACAGCAUAAAGAAAUUGGGCAGCAUCUCAGCCUCGGACAUCUUCCAGUACCUCGACAGUCCCAAAGCCAAAACAUCGAAAAUCCCACAAGAAGCCAUCCACAUGAUUAACACUCUUCUGAAAUCAGUAAACAGCAGAACCCUCGCUAACUUUGGCGGAUCUGCCAUGUUCAAUCGUGAUCGCUUCAUGCAUGACAGCAAAAUGUUUUUGGAUAUCCACUCUGGCUUCAUGUUUAGUGUGCGACCUCAGUGGAAAGUGAGGAUAAACAUUGACAUGGUAAGUCACCAUUUUGAUAAUACUCAUUGUCAAAAAUACAAAAGAAAGCUGACGGUGUUUGGUCUUUCUCCGAAAUGCGCCAGGGAGCAGACGAUACCAGAGCUGCAGAUUAGCAUAGAGGAAUACUUCAAAAGGCAGCACGGCAUAGAGCUGAAAUACCCAAAACUCCCAUGUGUGAAGACAAAAAGUGACAAAGACGAGUAUAUUCCCAUGGAAUUGUUAAGUGUUUUGCCACAUCAAACUCCUCCUGCAGACCGAGGCGACGUCGCAAGUGCUCUUAUUCGUUGCGCCGCUGUGAGACCCUGUGAACGAUUCAAGAAACUGGAGGAACACGUCAGUGCAUUUAUGAAAAAGUGCGUUAUCGUUCUGAAAUUCACAAGUCCACAGCCCAUAACUGUGGAUGCGCGAGAACUACCACAGCCAACGGGACAGUUCAGGGAUUCACCAGAACGUCUCAGCAGGGGCAAAUGGAACCACAAGCCAUUCUACCGCCCUGCAUCUGAGAAAGUGAAAUGGGCUGUCUUCUUUACGCCGCCUUCGGACACUGCUGGUCGCAAAAUACAUGACGUGAGGGUCGAUAUUUCACGUGCCGCCUACGAAUGUGGCAUGAAGUUUGACGCCAAUCCUUUUGCCGCAGAUCAGAUCAUGCCUGCCGCCCUCAAACUUAAGUUUGAUGAAUGCAAGAGGAACGGCGUGCAUCUGAUGAUUUUCGUGUUGAGUGGAAACAACGAAUAUCCUCAAAUAAAGCGCCUUGGUGACCUGUACACGGGAAUGGUAACGCAGUGCCUUAGGCUACGGACAUUGGGAAAACCAAGCGUGUUCCGCAACUUAAUGUUGAAGAUAAAUGGGAAAUUGGGUGGCACGAAUUGGUUGGUGAACAGCUUGAUGCCCAAAGUAGCAACGAACGACGACGAGUUGAUGAUGGUGAUGGGUGCUGAUGUGACCCACCCUGCUCCGACUGGUGACAACAGGGAGGUCAACAAAUCUGUCGCGUCUGUCAUCGCGUCAAUUACGCCAGAUCUGAUGCGAUAUGUGGCCAUCGUGCGACAGCAGAACACUACAUUGCAUAAAGACAAAGCCACUCGGGAGGUGAUUGACGCCAUGGAUGUUAUUACUAGGGAUUUACUGACGGUGAGCUUGGAGCCUCUACUAUUGAUGCUUUUUCUGCUCACUAGUGAAAAGAGGUCUCAUCAGUGCCAGCAUAAUGAAGCUGGUUCAGAAUUUAAAGAAAUGCGUUCAUGGAAAGAAGUAUUUUCUGAGAAAAACCGUCGACUGCCAACUAAACUAAUCUUCUAUCGAGACGGCGUAUCUGAAGGCCAGUUUCAGACUGUGCUGAUGGAGGAACUGUUGGCAAUUCAAAAGGCGUGCUACGCUGUGCAACAGGGUUACGAGCCCGGCAUCACAUUUAUCGUGGUGCAGAAACGCCACCACAUCCGAUUCAAACCGACCGAUUUGAAAGAUGAUUUUUCGUGCAGAGCGAGGAACGUCAACGCAGGCACAGUGGUAGAUACGCAAAUCACACAUAAACGUGAACACGAUUUCUACCUCUGUUCACAUGAAGGCAUUCAGGGAACUUCGAAGCCGGUGCACUACCAUAUGCUCUAUGACGAUAACGAUUGGGCGGCAGAUGAUUUACAACUUUUCACCUACUACCUGUGUCACGCGUACAUGCGUUGUUGCCGCAGUGUGUCUUACCCUGCACCCACAUUUUACGCACACCUGGCUGCCUUCCGCGCUCGCGAUUGGCUGAAGGACUCGGGCCCCAACGACCAGUUACUCGAUGAGCUAAAUCGAUUCAGACUGAACACUGAUCAGCGGAAUCGCAUGUUCUUUUUGUAG